GUCUGGUAAAUAUUGCUGGAGGCCUUACAUGUAAUCCCACGAACAUAAACCCAUCCUUCCCUUCAUACUCUUCUUCGUAAGAUCUGACCCAGAAGUCAUCAAGAAGUCAGCAUAACCACUUUACUCUCAACCUGAACACAAUAUUCCCAUCUCAGUCAUGGCUCGACCCCUUGAUGAAGAUUCAGACGGUGAUAGAGUUGACCGCUCCGGUGUCAUCGUCCUCGCUCCCUCCAACUCGUCCGAAUCUAGUAACAAGCAUGUGACCCUCAUGGAUCAGUGGAACGAUUACUUCAAGAAAGGCACCCUACAGGACUUCCAAAGACUUUGUGCCGAUCUAGGCCUCCCGAGUGACCUUCCUAGCAAGACUAAAUGCCGAGACGCGCUCAAGAGCAUCAACGUCAACAUUAAGCAGUUCCUGCAAUGUGAGACCAAGCCCGAUGAUGUCGAGCUCUUCAAGAAUAGAAAGGAACUUAUUGUUUGGACGCGCAAGAGGAAAGCUUUCUUCCCCCGACGCCAGCUGCCCAAGGACAGUCCACUUCGGACGCUGUUGAAGCAUAUGUUCAACUGAACAAUGCCUCGGAGAAGGAUCAGACACGGGAUGUUACAUUGGAUAUUGAGUAGACCACCCAUGGGGUGACAGAGGAUAUUGGUUGUAGAUAAUCAUGCGCCGUUUUGUGUCCAUUAAAUAUCUAACUCCUGAUCUCCCAAAGCCUG